AGUUCGGGUUCUAAUUGUAGGUAGUAGUUUUGUUAGUUCCCCAGACUCGGGUUCAAGUCCCACCUCCCGAGGCCGCCAAGUCCUUGAGUCUCCUUCCCCACCAGGAAACUGAAACUUCAAUGUCAACAUGACUAACCCAGCCCUAACAACGGAACAGAAAAAGGAGCUAGCAGAUAUUGUCCACCAAAUGGUCUGUCAGGGCAAGGGAAUCCUGGUGAUAGACGAUUCCGUCUGUACAAUGAAUAAACGACUUGGGUGUCUUGGCAUUGAUAACAAUGAGGAGAACAGACGCCUCUUUCGACAGCUGUUUGUGACUGCUGAUGACGAAAUACGCAACUAUGUUGGAGGAGUCAUCCUUUCCCAUGAGACAUUCUACCAAAAGUGUGAUGAUGGUCGAACCUUUCCAGAAGCCAUCAAGGCUAAAAAUACUGCCGUGGGCAUCAAGUUGGAUAGGGGUGUGGUGCCUCUGGCAGGGACCAACAAUGAAACUACCACUCAAGGGCUGGAUGGACUGUCUGAGCGCUGUGCCCAGUACAAGAAGGAUGGAGCCGACUUCGCCAAAUGGCGUUGUAUACUGAAGAUUGGGGAGCAUACACCCUCUAGUCUUGCCAUUAUGGAAAAUGCAAAUGUGCUGGGUCGGUAUGCCAGCGUUUGCCAGCAGAAUGGACUGGUACCUCUCAUUGAGCCAGACAUCCUUACUGAUGGAAACCAUAACCUAAAGCAAGCUCAAUUUAUCACGGAGAAGGUUCUGGCUUCUGUAUUCAAGGCUCUGAGUGACCACCAUAUCUUCCUUGAAGGGUCUAUUCUUCAAGUCAACAUGGUACUGCCAGGCCAUGAUUGUUCCCAGAGAUAUUGCCCUGAAGACAUUGCAAUGGCAACCAUAUCAGCUCUGCGCAACACCGUUCCCCCGGCAGUACCUGCUGUUGCCUUCCUGUCUGGAGGCCAGAAUGAGGAUGAUGCCACUGUGCUGCUCAAUGCCAUCAACAAAUGUUCCCUGCCAAAAUCAUGGAUUCUGACCUUUUCUUAUGGCCGACCUCUACAGUCAUCUCCUGCCAAGAUCUGGGCAGGGAAGGACUCCCAUGUCAAACCUGCCCAGCAAGAGUACAUCAGACGGGCCAAAGCUGUCAGUCAAGCAAGUGAAGGCAAGUAUUGCCCACCCAGUAGUGGGAGGGGAAUGUCACAUGCCAGUGAGCAGCUCUUCAUCUCUGUCUACAUCUCUAACACUGUCUAAGUCGGAGCCUACCACUUGAGGGGGGCCCAGUAAGGGAAAGCUACCUAAUGUACCCUUACUAUGAUCAAAGACUGGGAUCCAGACCUUUGUGUUGACUUCUGCCAUGAUUCCUUCUAACUGGCGCCUUGUCACAGCUCUGCAUGAAAUUGGUGACUCCUUUGCAAACCACCUUCACCAACAAGCAACUAUAUAACACCUGCAAGAACAAUCAAAAUAAAAGCAGAGCAGCUGAUAAA